AUGAGAGUCAGUGGCUCCAGGAAGGUCGCACAACACGCAAAGCGACACAUCAGUGAGCUCCUCUUCGAAGGCGACGCACUACAAGCCGGUCGCUUUGAGGACGCAAUCCGACAAGCCAUCCAAAAAGAAGAGGAAACGCUUCUUGAGGAGUGUCAAGAGGGGGAGGACAAAUUCGCGAUUUCGGGAUCGACGGUCUCGGUGGUGAUUGUCAAUCUUAAUAACGGUGUGAUGGUGCAUCGCUUGACGCAAGACCACAAACCCGAAAAUCCGAAGGAGAAGGAGAGAAUCGAAGAUGCGGGGGGAGUAGUCAACUAUGCGUCGGAAACUGCCCGGAUAGGAGCUUUGAACAUGUCGCGCGCUCUUGGAGAUCUGCAGUACAAGAACCCACUGAACAAUGAUACUAUGGGCCCCAGCACUGCAGGCCAGGAAAUAGCCGCCAUGACGCCGUCGAUCGAACAGGGCAGCUUUGUGUCUUCUGAGCCGUCUAUCAUCCGGGUAGAUCUGCGGCAGGACCGUCGGUAUAUCCUGGCUUUGACGACAGAUGGUGUGACCAACGUGCUGAAGGAUAGUGUCAUCAUCAAUGAAAUCAAAACACGGCAUGAGGGAGGACUGGGGGUGCAGCAGGUGGCCGACGAGCUUGUCCGGGGCGUUACACAGGGUGAGCGGAGGGAUAAUGCUACAUGUAUUGCGGUGUUUCUGGAUGGAUGUUUGUCUUGA